AUAUGGUUUCACACUUAGUUGCCCGGGCAGUCGAAGGUCUGCUGGUGGGGAUCCUGGAGGGUGAAGGUGGCAGCGGAGCCAUCCUGCCAGGACUGGGGGCAGAGGUUGUCAUAGAAGCCCGGUCCGGUAGCCAUGGGCUGAGUGUAGAAGUAGGCGGGGAAAGAGCAAUCCUGAAUGAAUGCGUUAGUCAGGCAAAGAAGCAGAGCAAGACUCUCAUCAUGGUAGUGACAACAGACAUUCAAAUUGGUGUCAAUAUCAAAUUCAUCAUCAAUGUGAAGAUCUGAGCUCACACAAUGUAGGUCAGAGCAUGUGCAAUCAACACAAAUCAACAAUCAAGAACCAACACAUUUUCAGCACAGCAGAGAAAAAGCAGUCAUGGCGGUAAACAUCAACACGAUCACCUACACAGAGCAAGAAUAUUUGUAUGUCACAAAGAUAUUUCAACUGUGAGGGACCGUGACUGAGCUCAAACCAUUUCAGUCAGCACAAUUGUUGAGACCCUGCACGUGUUACGAGACAGAACAUCCAUGGUUAUGUGAAUGGGAAGAAGACAAAGUGAGAACAAAUACACAACCAACAGGAGCUCAGCUUCCUCCAGAGGAUCGAGCAUAGGGGGCAAGCAUCGACAGUACAACUGGGGCGAUACGUACGAGCUGGGAGAAGAGCAUUGCGAAGGCUGCCU